AUGUCAAUCAUAAACACUUCUGAUGUGGAAAUCUCCACUUUCUUCCUCAUUGGGAUUCCAGGGAUGGAGCAUGCUCACCUUUGGAUUUCCUUCCCAAUUUGCUUCAUGUACCUCAUUGCCAUCCUGGGGAACUGCACCAUUCUUUUCUUCAUAAAAACAGAGACCGCGCUGCAUGAACCUAUGUAUUAUUUCCUCUCCCUGCUGGCCUUCUCUGACCUGGGACUGUCCCUCUCCUCCCUUCCAACCAUGCUGAGAAUCUUCUUGUUCAAUGCCACUGGCAUUUCUGCUGAUGCCUGCUUUGCUCAAGAGUUUUUCAUUCAUGGAUUCUCAGCCAUGGAGUCGUCAGUUCUUCUUAUCAUGUCCGUGGAUCGUUUUAUAGCCAUCUACAAUCCUCUGAGAUAUACUUCUAUCCUGACCACUGGUAGAGUUGUUAAAGUCUGCCUUAUAUUCACAAUCAAAAGUAUCUUAUUAGUUUUUCCUUUCCCUUUCAUUCUGAAGAGGCUGAAAUACUGUAAGAGAAGUCUGCUGUCCCACUCCUACUGCCUCCACCAGGAUGUCAUGAAGCUGGCCUGUUCUGACAACAGGGUCAAUAUCAUCUACGGCAUGUGUGUGGCGCUAACAGCUUUUUUAGAUUUGUGCUGCAUUUCUCUCUCUUACAUGUUGAUUCUAAAAACUGUUCUAGGAAUUGCCUCACAAAAGGGUCGCCUCAAGGUUUUCAACACUUGCAUUUCCCACAUCUGUGCUGUACUGAUAUUUUAUGUGCCUAUAGUCGCUCUGGCAAUUAUUCACCGCUUUGCCAAACAUGUUUCUCCAGUUAUUAAGGCAAUAAUAGCUGAUACUUUUCUUCUGGUUCCCCCUUUAAUGAAUCCAAUUGUGUACUCUGUUAAAAGUCAGCAUAUUAGAAAUCUGAUCCUUGCAAAAUUAUGUGAUAAACAAGUUUGA